CCUCCCCUGAGCCUCCGCGGGUUUUCCCCGGUGUCCCCUGGGCAGCGCUGGGGAAGGAGGAGGGACGCGCGUGUGCCCCGAGCGCGUCAAGGGAUGGGCAAAGCUGCCCCGAGCAUGUCCUGGGCAAAGCCUUCCCGGUUUGGAUGCUUACCUGGGGGAGAGAAGGAAAGGUACCUCUGCUCCUCUCCCGAAUGCGGGGGGAAGCCUGGCUAACAGCGGGGAGGGAGCAGGAGAGGCUUCUGAAAUUCCUGUACGAGAUGAAACCAACAUGAUCCCUCCCGGCUACUUUUAAAAAAUUGCGUUUUGGCCUUCGGGACUGUGGUUGAGGGUUGGAAGUGCGGGGAAAAUAAAAAAUCACUAAUGCUGUCCCAUAAAAGCCAGGGAGUUCUAAAUUACAGUUUGCCCCUGCUGGGUGCAGUGCAGAUAGAGGACACAUCUGAACAUCUAGAUUUAGGAUGCUGCUACAGCAGUGACUCCCAGUUUCUUCCCUUCCUUGCCAGGUUUGGCACCCCCGCAUUUUGUUUAGUUGCAUGCCAGGCUAUUUCACCUCUGUUCCUAGUGCUCUCCCAGGCUUAAUGAGUCAUUCCCGAGGGGUUUGGCUGCAUCCAUGCAGUUUGCUGCAAUCUCAGCAGCUUCCCAGCACCAGGACUCAGGUGACAUAAAAGCAGUGUCACAGUGCGUCCCUCAGGGAUGACACGGGCUCUGAAUCUGCACACUCAUCUUUCCAUAGCCCUGCAGCACCUGGACUGGACCUCAGGGCAGCAGAGAGCUGUUUGGAGUUCAGAAUUAGCACAUGGAGUUAGAGCAAACACUUCUGACUUAAUUCCUCCAGUUAUGAGGCCAUAGACAAUAGGAUAUUAGAGAAGAUCAGCUGAGUUAUUUUCAGUUAUGUUCAGACCUUUACUUUAUACAGGCUCCUGAUUAAGUGCCAGCACUCUGAGGAAAAGACUGUCAGAUAUAGAAUGAACCACUGCAGAGGUGCCUGGCAAGAAGCUGGAAUAUUUAAGUACUGCUUUGCAGCAUUUGUUAGCAGGGAUGUUCUUAAAGGCAGAACAAACACCCAUGUGCCUUCCUCUGCAGAGGAAAUCAUUACUAGGAUGUUGAUUUUUGCAGCAGCAGAGAUUCUGGAAGGGCUGAUUCCAGCCUGGAAAAUGAACAAACUCAGUGGUCAAAUACACACAUUUUGUGGGCAGAUUUCAUUCAGGGCUUUUACUUAGAAUAUAAAAAUAGUAAUCUGCUUCAGGCUAUUAAUGUAAUGAGGAGCAGGAGACCUUGAGGCUAGGAAUCCAAAUCAUGCCUUCAGAUAAAAUAUUUAUUUUCCCUUUUUUUCUACUGCAUCAGUGUCUGGCAUUGCUGAAGCUGGGAGAACCUCACCAUUGCUUUGCACCCUGUGCCUCAGCCAGCUGUGCCCAGCCUGCCCCAGGAUGGAGUCCCUCCCUGAAGCAGUCCUGAUCCGAAUCCUGGCCUCGCUGCCUGCCGUGGAGCUGGUGCUGGUGUGCCGCCUGGUCUGCUGCCAGUGGAAGAACCUGGUUGAUGGAGCUGCACUUUGGAUCCUCAAGUGUCAGCAGGAAGGCCUCACCAGAGCAGAGUCAGAUGCAGAGAACUGGCAAAGCUUCUACUUCCUGAGUAAGAAAAGGAAGAAUCUCAUCAAGAACCCAUGCGGUGAAGAAGGCUUGGAGCACUGGGGAGAGGUAGAGAAUGGAGGUGAUGGCUGGAAAAUUGAAGAGCUCCCAGGGGACUUUGGAAAAGAAUUUCCUAGUGAAGAAGUGCAUAAAUACUUUGUCACAUCUUAUGAGUGGUGUCGAAAGGCUCAGGUCAUUGACCUCAGGGCUGAGGGCUACUGGGAAGAGCUGAUGGAUACAACCCAGCCUAAAAUCAUGGUAAGAGACUGGUAUGCAGGACGCAGUGAUGCUGGCUGCCUCUAUGAGCUGUGUGUGAAGCUGCUCUCUGAGAAUGAGGAUGUGCUGGCUGAGUACAAAAGUGACACUGUCACCAUCCCAGAGGGAAAUGAUGCCAGCUGGACUGAGAUCUCUCACACCUUUUCCAGCUACGGGCCCGGGGUGCGCUUCGUGCGCUUUGAGCACGGCGGCCAGGACACGCUGUUCUGGAAGGGCUGGUACGGCGUCCGUGUCACCCACAGCAGCGUGACAGUGGAGCCAUAGCCAUGCUCAGCCAGGAUCUGCAUGCUGGGCUUGACUUCCCUCAGGGCAUCCCUAGCCUUUGGAUGGUUUCUGCAUGGUGCUGCUGCUGGCUGUAGAGCAAAUGGCCCUUCUGCACAGGACGCCAGGAGCCACCACCCAUCCUUCCUCAAGAGGACUAUGCAAAGAAUGUGAAUGAAUUUGUGGAUGCACCACAAGACUCGGCCUCACCACUUGCACUGGUGUUCUCUGUCAGACAGGAGAUCACCUAAAAAUCCUGCAGACCUCCUCUGUUAGUCUGUAAUCCCUGGCGCCCAGCCUGAGUCAGCUGUCUCUCCUGCCUGCUUCCCUGACUUGGGCACUCCUUAACUUGAAGGGAUACUUUAAGUAUAUUUUCUGGAAGGUAGAGUGGGAAGAAAAGAAUAAGGAAAACCACAGACCCUGUGUCUCAAAACAUACCAGGGAAACCCAGAGCCCUGUCCCCAGCUGUUUCCAUGACAUGCAGUGAGAACCUUGGCUUCUUCCAUUUAUCAAAAGGUAACAUUCUUUACCACAGAGGAGCUCUAGCUUGGCUGUCAAUACUGUUAGUUCAUUUUUUAGUGACAAUGCAAAGCAAGAGAGGUUGAAUCCUUUUCUCUUACACUGUUCCCAGCAUCCAUUUAUCAAGGAAAGUGUUGGAAAGAGAAACAUGUCUGGUGUCCAGCCCGGGGGCUUCAUUUGGCUCCCUCAGAUAGAUGGCAUCCAAGAGUAAUUGCUGGCAGAGAGAGAGAUGACAGCAACUUAGGGAAGUGGGUUAGAAAAAAAAUUUGGGAUAGGGUCCAGAAACAAAUGAAAACAAACUCAUUUACCCCUCCCUGGCCUCUGCAUGCUUCUUGCAGCAAGCAUCCUGGUUAUCCAGUGUGAUUCUGCUAGCAGGACACAGAGCUGCUGGCCUCACUCCACCUCUGCUGUCUGCAAGCACAGUCUGCCUCUGCCAUGUGCUGCUGACAAGACAGAGCUUCAGUCUCCCACCUUUCUGGAUAUCACUCAGGGCUGUGUGCCCCAUCCUGAACAGACCUCUAAGCAUUCCUGAACCAAGACUGUCCCUGCUAGUUAUUCCACUCAGAAGAGCAUCCCCUAACAGAGCUGGUGUUGCCUAAAGAAAGUCUAUUUUUGUGUCUGUGUGUUUUCCCUCCCUGGGCUGCCAUUUGAGUGCCUCUUUGCACAUGUAGUGACUGCUACUGCCUGCAGCCAAAGGAAGGAGCUUCCCACCUGGACCCUGUGCAUGCUACUUCCUCAGGCUUUCUGCACACCUGCACCUGGGUGCCACACACACACAGAGUCCAGGCAAACAUAAUAAAGUGACACAAUUGU